CGUCCACCAGUGUUAAUUAAAAAAUCAAAUAAACAUCGUUUAAAAAAUGGAGGAAUUUAAUAAUCCAAAAAUUAAUUUUCGCAUUCUUGAUAUUAUAGAAGGUGUUAGUCAACUUGAUAAGGAAUUCGUUGAUUUGGCAAGUUCUACCUUAGGUGGAAAAGUAAUUGAAUGUAAUGAUGAAUUUUUUGCGGAAGCUUUUAAUUUACUUAAACCACAAGAACCUAUUAGAGAAUGGGGUAGAUAUACCGAACGUGGAGCAUGGAUGGACGGUUGGGAGACUAAACGUCACAGUCCCUCUUACGAUUGGGUCGUGAUUAAAUUGGGUUUCGAAGGUUAUUUAACAGGAUUUGACAUAAAUACUGCGCAUUUCGUAGGAAAUCAUGCUCCUUUAGCAGAUGUUGAAGCUUGUUAUUCUCCUCAUAAAGAUCCAAUUUAUGGGGAUGAUACUAAUUGGCAUAAAGUAUUGUCUAAAGUUAACUUAGGUCCAAGUUCCCAACAUUUUUUUGGGAUACAAAAAACUUCCGUAAAAUUUACUCAUGUUAAAUUAAAUAUUUAUCCUGAUGGUGGUGUAGCACGAUUUAGGGUAUAUGGAGUUGUAAGUGCAAAAUGGCCAAUAGAUCCCUCCACACCAAUAGAUUUAGCAUAUGUAGGAAACGAAGGUCGAGUUAUUUUCCAUAGUGAUCAGCAUUUUGGUAAAUCAGAUAACCUUUUAUUACCAGGCCGUGGAAAGGAUAUGAGCGACGGAUGGGAAACAAAACGUUCCCGUCAGCCUAACCAUAAGGAUUGGGUAAUAAUUAAAUUAGGAGCUCCGGGUUAUUUGGAAAAAGCUGAAAUUGACACUGCAUUUUUUAAAGGAAAUUAUCCUGAUAGUGUUUUACUUGAAGGAUGUUUUUGCGAUAAAGAUUUAUCGUUAGAAAAUAUUGAAUCCAACCAAUGGGUCACUUUAUUUGAAAGAAAUAAACUUGGACCUCAUAAACAACAUUAUUUCGAGUUAAAAGAAAAAAAUAAAAAGUUUUCACACGUUAAAAUGACAAUUUUCCCUGACGGAGGGGUUAAACGAUUAAGAAUUAUUGGGCGAAGAGAGUUACCAAAAAAUGCGACCGAUAAUGUAGCACAAAGCGCAACUCGUACUUCUCUUAAACGUAUCACGGCUACCCCACUAACUCAUGCCUCUUAUUCGCCAUACGGACAUAUAAUUCAAUCAUUUCCUGAACAUUCUUCCGCUUCUCAAAAUUGUAUCUCAGUAAGUCAUUCUAUAAAGGUGACACCUGCUAAUCAAGGUACGGCACGUAAAUAUAAUAACAUCGCUCCAGUCAUAAAUUUCCGCCAAUCAGACUUCCAGAGUCAAUCUAGCAACUCUGAUAAUUCUACGAGCAAUAAAACUCAUAUAAUCGCUAAAGCUGAACCUAAUUUGAGUUUAUUUAAAUGUUCACCUGCGAAGUCUCUUCCAUUUAUUUUACGGUUAAUGGAAAGACAUCCUUAUUCUUCACAAAUGUUUGUACCAUUAAACAAUGGUAAAGUUAAAGGAUAUUUGGUUGUUGUGUGUUUAAGUAAUGAUGAAGGCGAUAGGCCAGAUUUGAGCACACUUAAUGCAUUUGUUGUGUCAAGCACUCAAGGAAUCAGUUAUCACCCUGGUAUUUGGCAUCAUCCUAUUAUCGCUUUAGAAGAAACUACAGAUUUUGUAUGUUUAACACAUGAAUCUGGAGUUGCCGAUGAGGACUGCGAAGAAUUUGAAUUUGAGGAAAAAGAUUGCGUUUUAAUUGACGUACCAGGAUUUAAUUGCUAAAUUUUUAACACGUUCUGACGUUACACAGAUUUCAAAAAAAAUGCCUACAUGCAUUUUGCGAGUUUUUAAUAAGUUAAAUGUUAAUGAAGAUCUAGUUAGUUGGGUUAGUGAAGCAAUGAUGGUAUCUUGGUUAAGGCUUAAAUAUCUGCGGUAAGACCAAUAAGAAACAAGAGACUCAUAUCUAAUAUAAUUUUCAGUUGUUGUUGUAUUCAUGUUUAUUGGUUAGGAGGAAUAAAAUAACAGAUUUAAAACAUUUUCCGUUAAAUAAGCUUUAAAAUUAUCUUUAGUA